CUGCAGGAGAACGUGAUUGGAAAGUGAGACAAAGACGGCAAUUCAGGCGUCCGACGAUCAAUCUGACAUUCACCCACUGUUCGGAGCUAAACAGUCCCCAUGCGCACCGUAGUGACUAACUAGAUUCAAGGUGCGGGGAAUGUCAGCAAUCUCGCCGAAUGCGGCCGGUAUAGAGUUCAAUGUAGCGGAUUUGGCCGGCUUUCAUGUGUUUGAGGUCCUUCUAGGCGCAUUGCGAUGCUGCUCUUAUAGUCCGGCUGUGCCCUGCUCCAAUUGCUUGCUUUCGUUCAUCCUCAUCAUCGUAAUAAAUCACAACUUUGGACAUCAUGGCUUUGGAUUACACUACCUUUUACAAUGUCAUCGACAACGAAUUGACUUCCACAACGCAAACCCGUCAUGGCAUUAACCCAGCCAAUUGCCAGCCUAAUCCUGAAGUGCCCGUCUCAACGGCAGAAGAUCUCGAUCGCGCAGUGGGCGCUGCCAGCCGAGCGUUUCGUCAAUGGUCACGGACCUCGUAUGAUGAGCGCCGCACUGCCAUCCAUUCCUUUGCUGAUCGCAUCGCAGCCAAUAAGGAAGGAUUGGUGGGACUUUUGUCCCGCGAGCAGGGCAAAUCAUUGAGCCAGGCAUCGACCGAGCUGGACAUGGCCAUUCAGUGGACCCGUUCGCUCAGCUCCAUCAUUAUUCCCCAGACGGUUGUCAAUGACACAGAUGACCGGGAGGUAAUUCAGCGCUAUAUUCCCAUCGGUGUAGCCGCUGCUAUUGUGCCCUGGAAUUUUCCCGUACUGCUGGCUAUCGGCAAGAUUGUCCCGGCUGUGUAUACGGGUAAUACUAUCAUCGUCAAGCCCUCCCCAUACACGCCAUACUGUGAUUUGAAAUUGGCAGAACUGGCAACACAAUGCUUUCCACCGGGUGUGGUGCAGGCUCUCAGUGGGGGCGACGAUCUGGGACCGAUGAUUACCGAGCACCCGGGUAUUCAGAAGAUUAGCUUCACGGGCUCAAUAGCUACGGGCCAGCGUGUCAUGGCUAGUUGUGCUAAGACGUUGAAGAAAGUGACAUUGGAACUGGGCGGGAAUGACCCCUGCAUUGUCUGCGAGGAUGUGGACAUUGAUGCUAUAAUUCCUCAGAUUGCUUUCCUCUCCUUUCUAUGCUCAAGUCAGAUCUGCAUGAUGAUCAAGCGCCUUUAUGUGCACGAGAAAAUUUACGAUGAGUUCCGCGAUAAACUCGUGCAGCAUGUUCAAGCCCUGAAGAUAGGCGAGGGAACCGAACCAGACGUGUUUAUUGGGCCUCUGCAGAACAAAAUGCAGUACGACAAGGCCAGUGACCUUCUUAACAACAUCCAUUCCAGCGGUCUGAGCACCUUCUCGAGUAACCCCACCCCCGGCCGAACAGGCUACUUCAUCACUCCAACAAUCGUCGACAACCCGCCCGAGACAUCCCGGGUCGUGCAGGAGGAGCCAUUCGCCCCGAUCCUGCCUCUUAUGAAAUGGUCCGACGAGACGGACGUGCUGGCACGCGCUAACAACACAGACUACGGCCUAGGAGCAUCCGUCUGGAGUCGCGACCUGCAACGUGCACGACGCAUGGCAGAUCAGCUCGAGGCGGGCUCAGUCUGGGUGAACUCACAUUUCGAUUGUGCGCCCUUCGCACCCUUCGGAGGACACAAGAAGAGCGGUCUCGGAGUGGAGUGGGGAUUGAACGGACUGACAGGAUGGUGCAACUCGCAGACUCUGUGGUUACCAAAGCUUUAAUCAAAUAUCCGUACUUCACAAAUCAAUUUGAUUCAAUAAAACUUCACAAAA